AUGGAUGCGAGGUCAAUGGUGCCCCAGAGCCUCGAAGGUCGCGGUGAGUCACGCAACAAUAAUAGCAUCGAUGGUCAAGACGGUAGCAUAGGCAUCGGGAGCACCUUGGGCGAUGUGACUCCACAGUUAACACCAUUGCCGCCCCCAGAUGGUGCUGGAGAACCAAGGUUCGAGGGAGAAGAAGAAAAUAUUGGCUCGCCCACUUCGACCCUCUCAAACUCCAACUGUGAAGGAGAAUCAGAAGAAGAACAAACAGGGAAUGUUUGUGGGAUGAUCGGCAUUCCCCGGGAGGGCGGGGACGAGGGCAAGGCGGUCUGGGCCAAAAGGAAUAACAAUGAGACGGACGAGGCCUCACCUACGUCGGGAGUGAAAAUUCUUCGCAACGGUCAAGGAGGCGCCUUUGCACCAGCCGGCGGGGAAGGGGAACGGGGAGGGGAAUGUGCGGAUGAAGGCGAGUGUAACGAAGAAGCAACAAAGCUGGGGGUUGGGGUUGUACAAGAAGAUGAACACGACACCGGCAGGGGCAGCGGUGGUUUGGAGGGUCGCGUAGGAGCAAAUGAGCGUACCUCUGGGACGGUUGAGAGUGCGGACCCUUGCCUUGUCGAGCGCCAUCCGAGGAGUUAUCUGGAAACAAACCCCGGCAGCAACAGUAGUGACGUCGCUGACAAUUGCGCCGCCGCCGCUGAUGCUGCUACCGUCACGAGCAUGGGACGAAUGGCAAGCGAGGGAUGGCGGGUGAACGAGAUGGAGCAGGGCACGAGUAUUUCCGAACGGGACAAAGUGAACGGUAUCAAUGCCGAACAUAAAGGGAAACAGGAUGUUGAUGUUAACGAUGGUGAAACACCGCUGGUAGAUUUGAACCACUGCCCUGGGUCAAUGGUGACCGACACGGCGGUGGAGGAGGGAGAUGGCAACCGAUAUCAUUCGCGUAGUGAUUCUGACGGCAGAGUACCAGGAGCGGAACCGGGUAUCGGCCUGAACGUUGAAGCGGCGGAGGCUGAGAAAGACAUGUCGCCACAGCAACAACGGAAAAAUGAUCCCGAAGAAGGCGCCGUCAGAGUCCUCAGUGACCAUACUGAUGCCGUUGGCGAUGGUAUCGAUGCCGUUGCUACGAGCAAGAAAGCAGACGAACAUGCGAACGAUGGUUACCAGGGCCGCGACACAGUUAAACCGAGUCUCGGCGACAAAGACGGCACAAAUGACGAGGGGUCUUCGAAGAUAGGAAACGAUGGUGGUGCGCGGCUACCGAUGGCACUUGACCUAAACAAGGCGGUGGCGGUUGGGGGUGAGGGGCAAGUCGAAGGGAGCGGGAAAUAUGGGGUGAUGUCGGUGUGGUCCAAUUUCGGUGCCAGCGACAAUAGGACUACGAUGGUGGCUCUCCUGGCGGUGGUAUUGCUGCUUGACCCCAAUAAAGCGGGCAGAUUCUUCGAUGAGAUCCUCCGACAGCACAAUGUACGCGGGGAUGCUGACAGUACCACGAGUACCACCACUAAUGUCAACAGCGCUAACGGCAGCGGAGAAUGGGCGCCCGACAAGAGGGCUGAUUCCACCACCGCAGAGAAAGCCGGCGCCGGCGCCGAGGUUGCUUCGUCUACUGCUGCUGCUGCUGCUGCUGCUGCUGCUGCUGCUGCUGCUGCUUCGUUCGUUGCUACCACUGCAGCAGACUACGCCGCUCGCCACGCAGCCCCGAUCAGUGUCGGGGAGAUGCAGAGCCAGAAAGACUUAAUCGGGGGAGGCGACAUUGAGGUCGAUACCUCGCAGGAGGUGCCCAAAGGAGAGCGACCGUCCGCCGCCGGCCAUGGCAUGGAAAUGACCCAGCCAGGUGUCAACAUAUCGCCGCUUUCACUCCCUGCGGAAAAGUCACCUACUGCGCCCGAUGGGUCACUGCCCGACUCCCGCAGCGGAGGGCCAGGGAGAGUCGAAGAGAAAGAGGACCAUCCUCACCAGGGUAAGGUAAGGCAAGGUGGGAUCUCAAGGAACGGUGACGAUCCCACGAUCAACACACGACACUCAAGAUUAAGGCGGAAGACGACGAGCGACGUAAUUGGUGGAAUUGAAAAGUUGGAGACUGCGGAGGAGCUCAAAGAUCAGACGUUUGGACCCUUUCAGAAGACCCGUUUAUUUGAAACUAGUGGCUUCUUGUUGGGGCAGUCGUGGCCGCCGCUGCCUACGCCGCCCCCACCCGCCCCUUCAAUCGCCACCCCUACCGCCUCUACGGACAUAAAUGUUAACGACAACAACGAAGAAUGGUGCCGGCGGUGGUAUAUCUUGCAACGCGGCAAGCUCACGGCCUUUUCUGGAUGGGGAGGGAACCACACGUGCGUGGGAAAGAUGGCGCUCAAGGGCUGUUCCGUCGAGGACGCACCCGAGAAGGUUCCGGAGGGGGCGCCGUUCGCGUUUCGCGUGAGAGCGCAGCAGUGGUGGAUGAACGCCAUCCGCGGAGCCGCAGACCGGGACAUGGACGACGUUUCGCUCCCGGGCUCUCCCCUUAACGCAGAUGACACAAGUUUUGUUGACGCUGACUCUGGAAGGAGCGGGGGGGGCUACGGGAAGGAGGGGGACGCAAGCAACUCCAGCUCCGGUGCCGAGCAGCACCGUAUUCUGGACAUGUUCCGGAUGUCGCCUGCCGCACAGCGAGGUUUUCAAGAGAGCGACAGUGACAGCGGUGACAGUAGAAACAGUGCUACUAAGUCGGUCGGGGAGCGAGUUGAUGGAAAGGCGGGCGCGACAAGGGGAUCAGAGAAACGUGCUGCUGGAGGCCUAGGCUUGACUGACGGUGGAGGAGAAUUGGAGUUGCAGUCAUCGACGGGCUUGGUGGACGCUCCGGUGGAGGACGCCGAAGCGGCAUCUGUCAGAGCGCGUAGCGAGGAAUGGGGGCAGGAGGGACGGUCUAAAUCAUGUGUCUUUCAGUAG